AGACUCAAUUGUGUUAGGAUAGUUCAGUUAAGAAUCGCGCGUUAUAGUUUGUGUUGGUGUUUUUUUUUUUUGGUCUUUGAAAUUAGAUUACAAUUGAACACCACUGUAACGAACUUCAAGUUACCGCGUAAGUAUGAGUGAUGAGGCAACUACUGGUAGAGCUCGUGGGCGAGCGCGUGGAAGAGCUCGAGGUUCGACAACUGAUGCUCCUAGGAGACCAGGAAUGCAAGAGCCCGAGAGACCAACUGCAGCUCCUGCAGCUCAGCCUACACCUAUGGCUGCAGCUGGUGGACGACGAACUCACAGAGGUGUUCCUAGAAGUGAUACAGCUGAACGAGUUGAAGCAAUUUCAGAAGCUAUGUCAGGCAUGUCUGUGAGUGGCGAGUUUGCUGGGCGUGGUCGAGGAAGAGAAGAAUUUUCAAAUGAUAAUACUAGACCUCCUCAUGUGCAAGAUAAAAGAGGAACUUCUGGUGCUCCUAUUGAUAUUGUUGCAAAUUAUUUUGAACUCCUGUCUAGACCUCAGUGGUGUGUAUAUCAGUAUCAUUGUGACUUUUCACCUGUGGUUGAAAGUACUCGUAUGCGAUGUGCUUUCAUACGUGACCACAAAGAAAAAAUAGGACCUGGUUUCAUUUUUGAUGGAAUGUCAGACUUAAAAACGCUUAAGAAGUUAGAUGAGGUCACAGAAUUAUUCUCUAAGCGGCAAACUGAUCAGGAAACAAUUAGGAUCACAUUGAAGCGUGUUGCUGAAUUGGCACCUAAUCAUCCAGAACUGGGUCGUUUAUAUAAUACUCAGAUGAGAAGGAAUUUAAAACAUCUAAAAUAUCAAUUACUUGGGAGACAUUACUUCGAUGUAGAGGCUAUCUCUGAAGUACCAAAAUAUCGCCUGCAGAUCUGGCAAGGAGUUAUAACAUCAAUUCGUCAGCAGGAAGAGAAAUUAAUGAUGUCUGUAGAUACAGUGCAUAAAGUUGUUAGAAAAGAAACAGCCUUGGAAAUUAUUCUAGGAAUUGUGAACCGAAAUAAAACUGAAUUUAAGGAGAUAAUUGCUCAAGAACUUGUGGGAGCAAUAGUCAUGACAAGAUAUAAUAAUCGGACUUACCGAAUUGAGGAUAUAGAUUGGUCUCAAAAUCCAUGCAAAACUUUUGAUUCCAGAGAUGGUCCUAUAGCUUAUAUGGAUUAUUAUAAAAAGCAAUAUGACAUUAAUAUCAGGGACAUAAAGCAACCUUUGUUGCUUUGCACAUCUAAAGAAAAAGAGAUAAGACAAGGGGCAAGCCAAUCUAAAAAGAUAUAUUUAAUUCCCGAGCUUUGUCUCAUGACAGGGUUAACUGAUAAAAUGAGAACUGAUUUUACAAUGAUGAGGGAGCUUGGUAAUGAAACAAGACUUAAUCCAAGUCAAAGAGUUAGAAAUCUGGAGACUUUUAUUCAGAGAGUAAAUAGGAAUGAAAAUGUUGUCAAAGAGAUGAGAGACUGGGGACUUAAAUUCAGCGAUACUUUAGUAAACUUUAAAGCAAGAGUUUUGCCCCCUGAAAGCGUAAUACAAGGUUCAAAAAAGUCUGACUAUAAACAGAGCUCUGGGGAUUUUUCAAAAGAAGUACGAGGGUUACCAUUGCAUGCACCUAUGAGUUUAGAGAAUUGGCUCGUCAUUUGUACUGGCUAUGAUGAAGGCAAGUGUAAUGAUUUUCUACAAACGAUGGAGAGAGUUUGUAAGCCUAUGGGAAUGCGUGUGAGAUCUCCAAAUGUUGUUGUUAUUCAAGGAGACCGUGUAAACAAUUAUUUGCAAGCAUUUCGUGAUAACUAUAAUGCCAGAACAGAGAUGGUUGUGUUUAUUGUUCCUAAUGAUAGGAAGGAAAGAUAUGAUGCAUUAAAGAAGCACACAUGUCUAGAUAAUGCAGUUCCCAGCCAAGUAAUAGUGUCAAGAACAUUGAGCAAGAAACAGAUGUUGAUGUCUGUUGCUACUAAAAUAGCUAUUCAGAUAAACUGCAAGUUGGGUGGAGAACCAUGGGCUGUUGAAAUACCAUUUAAAUUGAAGGUAAUGAUUAUUGGGUAUGAUACCUAUCAUGAUUCCUCAAGGAAAGGACGUUCAGCUGGAGCAUUUGUUGCAAGUAUGAAUCAGCUAAUGACUCGUUGGUUCUCAAAGGUCUCAUUCCACUCUGCUGGUGGAUGGGAAGAGUUGUCAAAUCAUUUGAGAGUGAACUUAACUGAGGCAUUAAGGAAAUACAAGGAGCACAAUGGUUGUGUUCCUGAUCGCAUCAUUUUCUACAGAGAUGGCGUAGGGGACGGUCAGAUUCGUUAUGUAAAGGAAUGGGAAAUAAAACAGUUCGUUAGUGUUAUUAACGACAUGCUGGGUGACAAAGGAACACGUUAUGCCUUUAUUAUCGUGAACAAGAAGGUAAAUGCUCGCUUCUUUCACAAAACUCAAAGUGGGUACUUAAAUCCACCACCAGGGACCUUGAUUGACAAUACUGUCACACGCUAUGAUCGGUAUGAUUUUUAUCUCGUAUCCCAAAGUGUUAGACAAGGAACCGUAGCUCCAACUAUGUACAAUGUUAUAGAAGACAACAGUGGUCUAAAGCCUGAACAUCUUCAAAGGCUUUCUUACAAAUUAACUCAUUUGUACUAUAACUGGCCAGGAACAAUCAGGGUACCAGCACCUUGCCAGUAUGCGCAUAAACUGGCAUUCCUGACAGGGCAAUCCCUACAUCAGUCCCCUAAAGCUGAACUCAGUGAAACACUCUUCUAUUUGUGAUAUGAGACUUUUAAUGUUUGUAUUCUGAAGAAAAAAUACCAUAUUUUUUUAGAGCAUUAUAUAAUGUCAUCCAUUUUUUUGAAAAGACACUUCCAUUGCUGUGUUUACACAUCUAAUAUUUUUUUCUGUUUAGAUAAUGCCAUCAUGAUGUGCGUUUAUGACUUUCUUUUGUAUCUGAUUAUUUACUUCAUUCAUGUUUCUUUUUUCAUUUUUUUUUUUAGUGUUCUUAGUUUCUGUAUUGUCAAAGAGAAGUAUUCUUGUUAUUUGAAUAGAACAAGUUAAAGAAUAUUUUUUCUGGAAAUCUCAUUCUUUCUUCCUUUUUGAAGUAUUUCAUGUAAAACAGUCGUUGUUAUCAUUGUUUAAUGGCUCUUUAGGUAAAUAAAUUUUUUAAGAAA